CUGGCAUAUUACGCAAGCCCACCGCUGUCCCCCAAGCAUUGGGCUGAGCUUGAUCUGCACCGAUCCUGGGACAGCCUCAUGGAUGGCGAUCAACGUAUGAAGCAGAAUGAAAGGUCAAUGUCUCGGUCUGGAAAUGCCGCUCGCAGAGCACCUGGUCGUGCAACAGAGGGUUUUGACCCGGCCAUACAACCACGUGGAGACCAAACGGGGAUGUCGCAACCCCCGGAGCAAGUCCCGAUGUCCUACGACUACGGAUACACAGGCAGCUCCUUCCACGGCGGUUCCCUGCAGUCAAACGACUUGCAGAACUAUCAACCUCAGGACUAUGUACGGGCUCAACGAGCUCAACAAGCACCGGCUAUUCAACCUCAGCGACGGCGUGCGCAGCCUCAUGAUCCCACUGCGUUCUCACCGUAUGAUUCUCCCAUGCUGUACGGGUUCGGUCAGCAGGGUCCAACCCAAGGUCAAUUCGAGGUUGUGCCACAGUACCCGACACGGCAGUCUGCAGCGAUAGAUGUCUUGUCGAACCAAUUUGCCGUUCCACAGUAUUUUGCGCCAGAGGAAUCUGCAGGGUCUGGGGUCGUUGGACUCUCGCCUUAUCUAAAUGCACAACUCCAGCCUUAUAACCAACCCGGUCCCAUGGCACGCCCGAACACCACCCAGUCUUUUCCUGCACCCAUAUCUGAUUUCGCUGCAAUCGGUUCCGGGUCCAUGAACAGAUCCGAUCAACCCCAAACAGAGUCCCAGCAACAGCAGUCGGAUCAGCCCAGUCUAGAGGAGGCCAUCGGACGAUACCAACGCAUCCUGCGCCGUAGUUUUGAUCAAACUCGAGCCGGAAGAUUGGUAGAGGCCGGAGGAUCGUUGAUUGAAAUUUCCGAGUGGCUUGUGACCAAUGCACGGGAUCUUGGCCUCCUCCAUGACGAUAGCAUCCAGUACUCCGACCGUCUGAAGCUAUGGAGCGAAUUCAAUCUAUGCUGGCUAGCCCUCUGUCAAAAACAGAAAGAUUUGAUUAUGGAAGUGAUUGCGACAAGUCAACAACCUGCGCAUACAAGUCUAAUUCGACGAGAUCGCAUGGAGACUAUGGGAAAAGACCUAAUUCAGCUUUGCGAUCAACUUGAACCACACGGGUUGGUGGAUUAUCAAAUGGGAAUAUGGGAAGAAGAAAUAUUGUCCGUCUUGGGCCAAUGUCUUGAUCUCAUGGACAGUAGUCCCGACCUCCACCACAUCCCUACCAGACCCGAACCCACGGCAGUGCCACGACCAUGA